UUGAAGCAUCUUUUUAUAUGUGCCGCAGCCAAGUGAGAAACUAACUUGAGCAUACGAUGGAGAAGCAAAGAAGUUUCUCCUUCAAACCCACUAGACUAUUGGUCUUUACCUUCACAAUCCCUUCCUCUGUCAUCUUCUUCACCUUCUUUACCAUUUGGGUCAUCAGAGGCACCCCUUCAGUUCCCCAAGAGAUUCAUUUCCAGUUCAAUCAGUCCUCCCUCAGUUUGGGUUUCAGAUCCUUAACUGUUCAGAAAUUACCUGCUCCCAGUGAAAAUUUUUCGGCAACUCGAGAGAAAAGUUUAAUUUUGCUUGAUAUUCCUAACAGUAUACAUGAAAAUACAACUGGGUUUGGCUCGAUUUCAGUAUCUAGCGGGCUACAGAGAAAGGAACAUGGGCCCAGAGCUUCAGUAGUUGGAGGCGGCAAAGGUGAUGGGUUGGAAGGUAAAUUGUCAACAUUGCUAGGGAGUACAUCCCAGACUUCUUCUGAGAAAUUUGAAGUUCCAAGUGGUAAAAGGGGUAAAGAGAAGAGGAUUGGAGGGACUUCGUCCAAGAAUUUUGUAGUUUCAAGUAGGGAGAAGGUUGAACAGAAGAGAGUAAAAGAUUGCGAUUUGACAAAUGGGAGAUGGAUUUAUGAUGAAAGCUAUCCUUUGUACACAAAUGUUUCAUGUCCUUUCAUAGAUGAAGGUUUUAAUUGUGGGGCUAAUGGAAGAUUGGACAAGAUCUAUAUGAAGUGGAGAUGGCAACCCCACGACUGUGAAAUUCCAAGGUUCAACGCAACAAAAAUGCUGGAAUUGAUCAGAGGGAAAAGGCUAGUUUUUGUGGGCGAUUCAAUCAAUAGGAACCAAUGGGAAUCCAUGCUUUGUAUGUUAAUUGGCGGUAUUGGAGAUCCAAAGAGGGUCUAUGAGACCCAUGGACGGAGAAUUACUAAAGAGAAAGGAAAUUACAUUUUCAAGUUUGUGGAUUAUAAGUGUACAGUGGAAUACUAUAUCACUCAUUUUUUAGUUCACGAGAGUAAAGCUAGAGUAGGCCAGAAGCGAGUGCAGACCUUGCAAAUUGAUAAAAUCGAUCGUGGGACAUCAAGAUGGAGAGGAGCUGAUAUUUUGGUCUUCAAUACCGCACAUUGGUGGUCACAUUACAAAACCCAAAGAGGGAUCAAUUACUACCAGGAAGGGAACCAAGUUCAUCCACGACUCGAUGUUUCCACGGCUUUCAGAAGAGCUCUGAUGACUUGGGCAUCAUGGGUUGAUAAGUACAUCAAUCCCAGAAAAACCCGAGUUUUCUUUCGGAGUUCGGCACCUUCCCAUUUCAGGGGAGGACAAUGGAAUUCAGGCGGGCAUUGUGAGGAAGCUAGUCAACCCCUCAACAAAACUUCAAUCACUAGUUACCCAGAGAAGAAUAUCAUUGUAGAGCAAGUCAUAAAGCAGAUGAAAACUCCUGUGACUUUCUUGAAUAUUACUCAUUUGUCAGGGUAUAGGAUAGAUGGUCAUCCAUCAAGAUAUGGAGGAAAAUCAGGAAAGCGCUCUUCUUCAAACAUUCAAGAUUGUAGUCAUUGGUGUCUUCCUGGUGUCCCUGAUACAUGGAAUGAGAUUUUGUAUUUUCUUCUCCAAUCUAAUCCAUAGUAAACUCGUCUUGUUUCUA